GCAGGGAUUCAAGCGUCCCUAUAUUUCCUAUAUUUCCUAUAUUUUCUCAGUCCUCCUAUAUUUCCCUAUAUAGUUUACAAAUGCCCUAAAAUCCCUAUAAUUCUAUUUUUUUUAAAAUUUAAAAUUAUUUAGAAUAAACCAAAAAAAUGUUGCUAAGGCUGUGAUCAACUUUGUGCUGAUGGACGUAACAGGGACAGUAAUUUCCUGGGUCAAGUAAAUAACAAACUGGUAAGUACAAUUAGUGUAACUGCUGAAUAAUGGAUCAUCAUUUGUCAUUUGUUCACUUAGUUGUUUCAAAAUUACAGACAUCAAUUUUUGACAAACUUUAUUGGCACUGUAAGCACUUUUGGAUUGUCAUCACUAUUCAGAGUUCAAAGUCUUGUCCCAAUGAAGAAUAACUGAGGGACCAGUUCAUGUUGGUGCUCUUUGUACUUUUGUGUGCACAAUAGUAGCACUUUGAAAUAGGAAAAAUCUACAAAUAAGUUUAUUUCAUACAUGUCACCCACCUUGAAAAAUGUUAUCUUACCAAUGCCUAAUUUUAAUUGAACCAGUCUACCUCUUAUUAUUAGUGCUUUGCAGCAUUGCAUAAAAAAAGUGUGACAUAAUAUUAUAUGUGUUUUCCUGUUUGCAGGUAAAAUAUUUAUGCAGUAUAGAAGUGUAACAUCAGAGCAUAAUGCCACAUGGUUCAGCUAAGUUUCAAGCUAGCUGGCUGGAUCAGACAGAUGUAGAUGGUCACAGAAUAGGUGACUGGUGUACUUCGUGCAAGACUUCGGAACACAAGGCCUUCUGUACCUUAUGCAUUAAAGAUUUCUCGAUUGAUAAUCCUGGAUUGACCCAAAUACAGCAACAUGGCAAAGGUGAAAAGCACAGGAAAUUGUCUGCUGCCAAGUUUUCUCAAGCUCAAAGACAUUUUGUUCUUUCCGCAACCAGUAGUGAGAAUAAAGGAAAAGACCAGGGACCUCUCAGUAUACCCAUUCAAGAUUUGUCACAGCAAGAGAAGGUAGCUAGAGCUGAAGCUCUGUGGGCUAUGAAAACUGCUGCAAGCGACUAUUCAUUUGCAUCAUCAGAUGGUAUACCACAGUUGUUCCAAAAGAUGUUCCCAGGAGAUGUGUCUAAUAACUUUACAAUGAGCAGAACAAAAGUGUCUUACAUGAUAUCAGAUGGAUUAGGCCCAUACUUAAGACAAAAACUGUGCCAAGAUAUUUCACAAUCAGGUUUUGGAUACACCAUUCAGUAUGAUGAAACAGGGAAUGCCCAAGGCCGCAAGCAGUGUGACAUACUAGUGCGCUAUUGGUCAGAAGAAAAAAACGAGGUCAGUGUUAGGUUCUUGCAGACACUAUUCUUUGGGCAUGCCAAAGGACAUGAUGUUGCAACAAAAAUUGUGGAGAUCCUUCAGGAAACAGGCUGCCAGUUGCCUCUCUCAGGCUUAAUAAGUUUGUCAUCAGAUGGACCAAAUGUCAACAUGACAAUUUGGAGUACAGUUGAUAAGGCACUGUUAGAUGAAGGACUCCCUGGUCUUUUGCCAUUUAUCCCUUGCAACAUUCAUGUUGUGCACAAUGCUUUCCAUGCAGGUGUUAAUGUUUACGGAGAUGCCUCUGAGGAACUGGCAAUAGAUCUUUUCUAUUGGUUAAAGAGCUCACCCUCUCAAAUAGAAGAUUACAUCCAUGUAUUAAGUGAUCUUGGACCUGAUGAAGAGUUAUUUAUCCGGCAUGUACAAUGUAGGUGGCUCACACUUAUUCCUGCAUUAGACAGAAUUGUCAAGAAAUGGGAAGCGAUCAAGAAAUACUUCUUGGAAGAAUUGCCCAAGCAACAGAAGCCUUCAAAGACCUUGGAGAAGAAUGACCGGUACAAUCGUAUAUGUAGAAAACUACGGGACAAGUCCUUCCCAGUGCAGUUGGCUUUUCUUGUGUCUGUGGAGCCAAUCUUGAAGAAGUUUCUAUGCUUCUUCCAGAGUGAAGGGCCACUGAUUCACCUACUGCAUCAUACAAUGUGUGAACUACUGAAGUCCCUAAUGGGUCGCUUUCUCGAGACCCAAGUCCUGGCAGACAAAGAGGGGAAGCACCUGCUGGCAAUAGACUAUUCCAAGUCAGAUAACCAACUUUCCAUGUCACAGAUGGAAGGAGGAGAGAAAACUCAAUCAGCUCUGUCCAAGCUGUCUGAUGACCAACAGAAGAAAGCUCUUCUAGGAAUGAAACAGUUCUAUGUGGACACCACAAAGUAUCUGAUUGGCCAUCUACCAUUAGACAACAAGCUUUUGAGAGAUGUCUCGUUCCUGCAUCCAGUUCUUAGGAAUAGCAAGCAUGGAGCACAAGCUAUAUGUAGACUGGCAGUUAUGAUGCCAACACUAUCAGAAGAAGUUGCUCUGGUUACAGAUGAGUGGAAAGUGUACCAGUCUGGGCAAGUCGACGAGGAGAGCGCCACAAGAAGAGUUGACCAUUACUGGGCAGAUGUGUUCCAGGAGAAAUCUCUGCAGGGAGAGUGCAAGUAUUCCGUUCUUCAGAAGCUUGUGAAAGGCCUUCUCUGUUUAGCUCAUGGCAAUGCGGAUGUAGAACGAAGUCUUUCUGCAAACAAGAAGACAGUUACUCCUGACAGAACUUCUCUUGGUGAGUUGACAAUAAAUGGCUUAUGUACUGUCAAAGAUCAUGUCAAGGUGUCUGGAGAGCCACAAAAUGUUAAGAUCACAAAAGGGUUGCUUGAAGCAUCGAGAGAUGCACACAAGGCACAUGCAAAAAGGCUUGCUGACGAGAGGGAAGAGCUGGCAAAAAACGGAGAAUGGAAGAAUCAAAGAAAGAGAUGCAGAGGGAAAUUGAGAAACAGAAAGAAAAAGAAGUAGAGAAGUUGGAAAAAGGAAGACUAAAUUUGUCUGACAGAGAGAAAGAAUUGACGAAGGCUGUAAAACAGAAAGACAGUGAGCUACACAUUGCUAAAACACUCUAU